GUCAUAUGUAUACUAUGUGAGUAUGUGAGAUAAACUGUGACUCCAAAAUGUAACCUGGACUCCAGACAGGUCUGGACAGGUCCAGAUUCAAUUAACCAAAAACAUUAUUAACUAAUAAAAAUAUGUUAAUAAUAUACAAGUAAUUUCUUAUUAAAAUUUACAAGUGUGUAUUUAUUUAAACAAAGAUAAUAUCGACUAUUUUAUCUUAAAUCAUUUAAUUUUAAUCAACGGCAACAAGAAUAUUAUGGCAUCAAUGAAAAUAAGUGCAUGCGAAAUCUACAAUGAAUGCGAUACAAAGUACUACACACUUUACGUUGAAUGGCUGGAUUCAUCACAUUUUACAGUCCUGUUAAUGGAACCAUCCAUGCCACCACUCUGUGGUAAGAUGGACACCAAAAAUGUAAAUUACUUUUGCGAAGAAUUAUCUAAAUCAUCCACAGAAUAUCUUGAAGAGACAGAGAAGAUACUUUGCGGCAAGGACCAAGAGAUUCGAUUUUUCAUUAAAAACACAGCAUUAGAAUGGAAGAGAGGUGUAUGGAUUCUUGGAAGAAUUGAGUUGCACUCCGAUUUGGAUGUUACAAUUAUUUUGGAGCAUUUCCAACGAUCGUUGAAAUUCUAUCGAAAUAUUCAGGACAAAUUGAGUGUGUUAGAAGAAGAAAAUAAAAAUUUAAUGGACGUUAAAAAGAAGCUAUGUUCGGAUAUAGAAAAGAUGAUAGAAGUUAAAAAUAGUGUAGAGCAGGAUAUGUAUAAAAAAUUUAUAUUAAUUUUAAAUUCAAAGAAAGCGAAAUUGAGAGAAUUAAAAAACUCGAUAAAGAUGAAACAAGAUACCAAAGAUUCAGUUUUUGCCGUGUGCACGGAUGAGAGUUCAGAAUCGGAUGAAGAAAAUAAUAAAACAAAUAGUAGGUGUACGAUAGACACUACAUUUGGAAAACGAAAGUCUAUCGAUAAUAAUAAUUCUACGAGCACGCAAAAAGUUAGAAGAACAUAUUCUACUGUAAAUAAAGAUUUCAUAAUUAAGCAGGAAAUAAGUGAUAUAGCAUUUACUGCUAAAGAUUCUAUGAACAAUACGAAAGGUAAAUCAAACAAUUGUGCUGCAGAAGAAAAUAAAAUCAAAGCUACAAAUGAACAGCAAGGCUCCACUUCUGAAACCAGAAAGUCAAGUAGUAGAUUGAAUUUUAUUGAAGAUGAAUCUGACGAAGAAUUAUUUUCUUAAUAAUAGAAACAUAUAUAUAAAUCAUUUUUUACUUUGUAGAUAAUGCAAUUGGUGAUCACAAAUUAUUGCCUACAUUUUGAGUGUAGCUAAAUUACUUAAUCAUUGUCUAUUGAAAUCAUUUAUUAUUUUACUUGAUAAACGCAUAUAUGAAAUAUUUUGUAAGAUACAUUGUAUCGUACAAAAUUUCCAGUUCAGAAGUUGAACCUUAUUAAAUUGUAUAUAAAAGUCAUUUUUAUGAAAACAAUUACUAUUUCUUACAUAAAUAUGUAAAUAGAUGCAGAAUUAUACAUAUGUAUGUAUGUGUAUGUAAAAACUGAGAGAUUGCUGCUGUAAUUCCAAACAUUAUUUUUACUAUUUCGAAACGAGUAGAAGUAACAUUCUUUUGUUGCGAAUGUUGCAAAAUCUGUAAGUUCCACUGAAGACAUAGCUCCUGAAACAUUAAAAAUGGCCCAUCAAAAUUGAUCUUAAGGUGUUUUCAAGAAUCAAGCAUAGCUUAAAGUAGCGUAACAAGGAAAUUAAGCGAAGCAAAUUAUUCGCAACGCAGAAAUGUUACUUAGAUGUUGGAAAUGGGUGGUACGAAGAGCAAUGGAUCCUCACUUCAUCCGUAUUGUAAUGGAUACGCUACUCAAUGCUACUGAACAACAUUUUUAGAUUUAGGAGGCAGAAAAUGGUCAAAUCAUUUACUAAGACAGACUUCUACGGACAAAAAUGUACGGUUUGGCGUGGUUUGUGGCCUGGAGGAAUCACCUGACCAAUUUCCGUUGAAAAUGAUCUCUGAUUUUAUGAAUAUGAUUAUGAUAAAUGAUUUUAUGUUCUUACCUUAAUG